ACGAAUACGCCCAUUGGUGAGCUGUCACUUUUUGAGGAUGCAAGCUGCUAUCAGCUAACCACAAUUUUCACCAGUGGAGGUUAGUAAAAUUUACCAGACUGGGCACCCGAACCUAGAUAGAUGUUGGUCUUUACAAAACCGUCCACUGUUUGGAAGCGAAAAAAAGUAAGAUAGCUAACUAGAGGCAGCUAUCGAAAGGCUAGCUAACGUAAGCGAACAAUAUAUAGUAGCUAGCUUGCCAUGUUGUUGUUACUGGGGAAAUUAAAGGGAUUCUCUCUUCACUUGCGAGAUAUGUGGAUCAAUUGUCAACAGUACAAGUCAACACUAUGAUAGCUAGCUUUCCAAUGUUGUAGGUUAUAGGAUAGGUAGCUAGCUAGAGCUAGCUCAUCAUGACUCGCUCUUCCUAACGCGCCCGGAGAGAAUACAGUCAGUGUGACAACAACGGAGGCUAACGUUCGCUACCUGGGCACAGCGGGAAAAGUCCAGCGUCUUUGACAUAUGACGGUACCACUCAGCUGGAGAGAUGUACCCUCCAUCUAGAAAGGACUUCAUCGCACUGACCCUCAGUGACCAACAUAGCCGCAGCUACAACAACGGAAAGCACCGCCGCCAGUCCUGCUGGAGGAAGUGGAAGCAGCUGUCUCGGCUGCAGCGCAGUCUCAUCCUCUUCCUGCUGGCUCUGCUGCUGAUAUGUGGACUGCUCUCCUACCCAAGCUUCUCAGAGCAAUGGAGAGGCAUGUCGGACAGGGCGGUAAGGGAGGACUGGGAUGAAGACUGGGAAAGAGGCCUGAAACCCGUCCCUCCAGGGGUAAACCCUGUGGCUGGCCCAGCUGGAGGUCCGGCUGUGGGCCUGGCUGGUGUAGCGGUCGGCCCAGAGUUGGGUCUAGCUGUGGGUCCAGGACUCAUACCAGAGGUCAUUCCAGAACCCCGGAGGCCAAAGGUCCCCUCUAUACCCAAACCUCCAGCCAAGAAGAGACCAUUCCCCAACAAGAGAGGACCUCCAAGCCUGCAGAAGGAGCGGAAUGUAUCAGAUUCACUGGUAAAACCAGUGGAGAAAGUGCCAGUGGAGAAAGCUGAAGAGGACGAGGGAGAGAAGCCUCUUGUCAGCUGGCGAGGAGCCAUGAUCGAGGCAGACGAGGCUACAGAACCCCCACCCUCUGCCCAUGAGAAGGAUGUCGCUGUACCUCCGGUGCCAGUCAACCCUGAGGACACAGCCCCACUGGCACCAGUUUCAGUGAAGCCUGUGGACAGGCUGGAGAUGGUGCGAGAGGCCUUUAGGCAUGCGUGGAAGGGCUAUAAGGAGUUUGCCUGGGGUCAUGAUGAGCUCAAGCCUGUGUCUAAGUCCUACGGGGAGUGGUUUGGCCUGGGCCUGACUCUCAUUGAUGCUCUGGACACAAUGUGGAUCCUGGGACUGAAAGAAGAGUUUGAGGAGGCGAGGAAGUGGGUGGAGACUGAGUUGUCAUUCUCUAAGAAUGUAGACGUGAACCUGUUUGAGAGCACCAUCCGGAUCCUGGGAGGCCUGCUAAGCACCUACCACCUGACUGGCGACGAGAUGUUCCUGGAGAAGGCUAAAGAUAUUGGCUUGAGGUUGAUGCCUGCUUUCAAAACCCCCUCCAAGAUCCCCUUCUCUGAUGUGAACAUUGGGAAGGGAACGGCCCACCCCCCUCGCUGGACGUCUGACAGCACCCUGGCCGAGGUCACCAGUGUCCAGCUGGAGUUCAGAGAGCUCAGCCGCCUCACCCAGGACCCGCAGUACCAGGAGGUGGUGAAUGAGGUGAUGAGGCUGGUCCAUAAGCUGCCAGGGAAGCAUGACGGCCUGGUGCCCAUGUUCAUCAACACCAACAGCGGCCAAUUCACCCACAAAGGAGUCUUCACCCUGGGGGCCCGGGCUGACAGCUACUAUGAGUACCUGCUCAAACAGUGGAUCCAGGGAGGCAAGACGGAACCAGAUCUGUUGGAGGACUACCUGGAGGCAAUAGAGGGGGUCAAGAAGCACCUGCUGAGAACCAGUGGCCCCAGAAAGCUGACCUUCGUAGGGGAGCUCAACCACAAUCGCUUUAACCCCAAGAUGGACCACCUGGUGUGUUUCCUGCCUGGCACGCUUGCGCUGGGUGCCCACAAUGGGCUGCCGGAGGAUCACAUGGAGCUGGCCCUGCAGCUGAUGGAGACGUGCCACCAGAUGUACAUCCAGAUGGAGACGGGCCUGAGCCCUGAGAUUGCCCACUUCAACCUGCAGCCCUACGACGGGCGAGACAUCGACGUCAAGCCUGCAGACAGACACAACCUCCUGAGACCAGAGACCGUGGAGAGUCUGUUCUACCUGUACAGGUUCACUAAGGACGCCAAAUACAGAGACUGGGGCUGGGACAUUCUAGAGAGCUUCAACAAAUAUACCAGGGUGCCAAGUGGAGGCUACACUUCCAUCAGUAACGUGCGCGACCCCGUGAACCCGGGUCCGAGGGACAAGAUGGAGAGCUUCUUCCUGGGGGAGACGCUCAAGUACUUCUACCUGCUGUUUUCAGACGACCUGGAGCUGCUCAGCCUGGACAAAUACGUGUUCAACACAGAGGCCCACCCACUACCCAUCUGGCAAUUGCCCCCUGUCUGAGACAGGAAGUGAUGUCAUAGGGAAGUAGCCUACCACGAGAUCCAGGGUUUGAACUUCCUAGCUGUUGCCUUCUCAAUGGAUCCAGCUUGACUCACUGUGCACAGUAGAAGACAAAGUCGUCAAUGGGUUUUCAAGUGGAGAGGUUUUCCUUGGAUGGGGGGGGGAGAUAGAGCUGGUAUAGAGCUGGUCUCUUGUACAAAUCUUUUGGAGUAGACACACUUGAGAAUCUUGAUGGCUUGCUGUUCAGUUUAAAAGAAACAAGAAGAGUGAAGGUCUACAGAAUCAGCUCAACAGAAACUAGACUGAGACUCCCCCAGGUGCCAGUUAGAAAAUAAUCAAACACUAAAAAGUAGUAUAAUCCUCUCCCUUCCCCUCCCCGACCGGCUGACGAAGGAUAUGUAAUAAGGUGGAAGUACCAGAAGAUGAUUACGCUUUCCCAUUGAUUUGUCCUAUACAUUUAUGUUAGAGCAUUGUUUACCCUGAAGGGAGUACUGAAUACAUGGGUUGAAUUGUUGAGAGGCUUUAAUGGUAGGUGAAACACUCCUACCCCAUAGGUCUUUCAGGAGUUCCUCUCCUUGAUAGCCAUUACCACAGAAAUAGAAUGAGUAGAAUGGGCGUCGCCAUUUAUGUCGGUUAAUCCAUUUUGUGUGUUCAUUCUAUUUCUAUGGGCCUUACACCACUAGUUACUACUGUCGAUGUGGAGGACCAGUUGAAGUAGCCUAUAGUACCGUGACUGUGAAGCUCCUGUGAUGAAAAAAUGCUUUGCACUUUCAUCUCUAAAAUGUAAGGAUUUGUCUUUUUGUAUAUUUAAGUGAUGUGGGAGUAGAUUUUGAGUAGUGAUGCAUACAGGUGAUUCUGUGUGAUUUAGCUGAAUAGAUAAAAACCAACACUGAUGGCCUAUGAAUGAAAUGCCAUGAAUCAUUGUUGCACAUGGGACCACAGCCUACAAUGACAGUUAUUUUUUAAAAUGUAUUUAUGGUCAAUGUGUUUUAUUUUUAUUUUUUUUCAUUGAUUUGUUUUUGUGUUUUUCAUGAUGACUUAUAACAAGUCUAACCCUCCUGUUUCAUGGGAUUGUAUGAAGGGUAAUUGGGAACGGAAUCGAGGUAAUGAAGUAAUGGCACGUUUGUAUACUUUUAAAUGUGAUUUCACCAAUGCAGACAUAAGUUGUGUAAAUAACUCAAUAUUGCUGUGUUAUGAGAAUUUCAUGCAUAUUUCAUUUGGGACCAUGUGUCUGUGUAUUCGUCUCAUCGUGAGGGAGUUAAGGUUUAUGCAAUCGACUUGUAGGCAAGUCUCUCAUGACUGAACUGCGACAUUUUGGGUUCUGGUUUCCUAGAUUAAUGGACUUGCCACAGCCUAAUUAGAGUGCUGCCACUGAGAAUUCUCAUGUUUGGGUUCUGGGUAGAAUAUAUUCUUGUUGCUUGAAUUAAAUCUGUUACAAAGCCCGACUCAUUAUCAGUCAGAAUUAAUACCAGAAUGAAUGAAUAUAGACUAGUAAGAGUCUAUGAGAAGGGUUCUUGUUUUCUUAAGGUGUUUGUGAUAUUAGGCUGAGGGCUAGUUAAGCACACCUACAGAGCGCUCAAUCACAAAUGGUUGUUUCUCCCAAUUUUAUGCUGUGCCUGCUGAAGAUGUCCAGGGUAGACACUGAGUGUACAAAACAUUAGGAACACCUUCCUAAUAAAGUCGUGCCCCCGUUUGCCCUCAGAACAGCCUCAGUUCGUCGGGACAUGGACUCUACAAGGUGUUGAAAGCGUUCCACAGGGAUGUUGGCCCAUGUUGACUCCCAUGCUUCCCACAGUUGGGUGGUGGACCAUUCUUGAUGCACAUGGGAAACUGAGCGUGGAAAACCCAGCUGCGUUUCAUUUACACACUCAAACUGGUGCCCCUGGGACCUACUACCAUACUCUGUUCAGAGGCACUUAAAUAUUUUGUCUUGCCCAUUCACCCGCUGAAUGCCACACAUACACAUUACAUGUCUCAAUUGUCUCUUGUAAUCAUUUUUUUAACCUGUCUCCUUUCCUUCAUCUACACUCACAUUGAAUUGGAUUUAACAAGUGACAUCAAUAAGGGAUCAUAGCUUUCACCUGGUCAGUCUGUUUUGGAAAGAGCAGGUGUCCCUAAUGUUUUGUACACAGUGUAUAUAGUUAAUGGUUAUGUCUUGUAGAGCAUUUUGGCAAGGAAGGUGUCUUAUAGCUUACUAUUUGGGAGGUUUCAAGUAAAAUGAUUGCGUAACAAGUGUAAAUAUUUUAUGGGCAUUCUUUUUAAAUGGUCUCCUGAAUGUUGUGAUUGUGUUUCCCCCUUUUGACGUGUUAAAGGCCCAGUGCAGUCAAACAUGUGAUUUCAGUGUUUUUGUAUAUAUUUCCACAUUAUGAGUUUCGAAUAAUAUUGUGAAAAUGAGAAUGCCGUUUUAGUGUAAGAGCUGCUUGAACUUGGCCUGAAAUUUCAGCCUGUUUUGGUGGGUUGGAGCACUGGUCUUUCCAUGGUGACCUCACCAUGGGGUAAAUUAGUUAGACUAAUAAGAUCGAGAGUUUCAAGCCUUUGCCAAUAUCAGACCCCUCCCAGACAGUCCUAGUGAAAUUCUAUUUUGCUAUUUGCUAAAUAUUUUCGUUGACUAUUUUAAUUGAAAACAAUCACAGUAAGGUACUUAAUUGUUACCCAGAAAUGAUUUGCUAUUGAGAUAAAAACUGCUGCAUUGAACCUUUUAACCAAUGGUGUUGCUUAUAUUUAAUUGUGCUUCUCCCAGUAUGAAUUAUAGACCUCUCCAGAGAGGUGGAGAGAUGUGCGUCCCUAAUAGCACCCUAUUCCCUAUAUACCAGAGCCCAGGUCAAAAGUAGUUCAUUAUAUAGGGAAUUGGGUACCAUUUGAGACAGGUUGUCCUGAAGUCACACACUUUCGCUGACAUCAAUUGUUUCAUUUCAUAGCCCUUGUAUUGUGCUUCUUUAAGCAUUUUAACUAUAAUUCUUCUAGUUGAUCAACUGCUUUAAAAAAAAAAUACAUAAUUUAGCAAAGCACAACCUAUCAUCACUCAUUACAGUAGGCUAUAUUUCAUAGGUAGAUUUCUGUAACCAAAUCUUGACCUAUACCAUCAGGAUUUGAGUAGGCAAAAUUGGCCCUGCACCAGUGCUUGGCGGAACACUCCUCCACACGGUCUGUCAUCCACAGCACAGCUUACCUUCCCUACCACCUGUUGUGGUGUGUUGGAAGUUAUUUUAACGUUGUGCCUUCCAAGCUAUAGCAACUAGCGAGUGGCAGCUUCCUCACUCCCAGAGAUUGUGUGCUGUUCCUGUAAUUGCUUCUCGGCUUUGGCCCCAGUCAGGCUUUAAACGCGAUCAAAUAUUCAUGAUAGUCAUUGGUGCAUAGUUGGUGUGAGUUUUUAAAGAUUGGAGGAGACUAAAGACCUGAGAAAAGGAAUGUAGUCGUUUGUCACCAUGGCGAACACUUCAAUACACAACUCGGAGUUUCAGAGAGGUCAUUUUAUAUUUAACACAUCAUGAUUUUUCAUAUUUGAAACUAUUACAUGGCCAUAAUGAAAAGCAUCCGAAGAUUGAAUUAACAUCUCCCGGUACUUUUAUUGGGUUGGAAAUUAAAUAGCUCCAUGGGGAGAAAUGAGAGGGAGGGAAAAAAAGUCAAAAUAGGGGUACUUAUUUGUUGUUUCUCCAACGUGACCUUUACAGUGUGUGGUAAAAUGGAAAUGUGUUUUUUGCACAUCUGUUAUUAGGGUUAAUAGCCUGCUCAAGGGCAGCGACAGAUUUGUUUUCCAUAGUCGUCUCGGGGAUUUGAACUAGCAACCUUUUCGGUUACUGACUCAACGCUCUAACUGGUAGGCUACCUGCCGCUCAUUUAGAAAUGUAGAAACUCACUGACAUUACGUGUUUUAAAAGGCCCUACAAAAUAUAAAAUGUUGUCCACUCAAUACUGAUUUAUAGAUUGAUAAUGUUGCUCUCUCAUGUAGCGAUCUGUUGGUGCAGAUUGCAAAUAUGACCCUUGCGUCAUAGACCAAAGACAUGAUUAAUAGUGUUUUGUGUUCUCACAAUCAAUUCAUUGAACUGUUUAAGGAGUAGCGUCCAUUAGAGAAGGGUCAAAUCUUCCCCCAAAGACUACUAAGCCUGGCAAUUUCUUAAUGAAGAUAGUGGUCACAGGGAUUGCCUUGCCGUUGAACUGCUACCUAUGAAGCUUGACUUUGGAGAAUCCUUUCAGCUCUCUAAGAUUGUCACGCCACAGACUGUAAUAUUUUCCACACUGCUUUUGUAAGUCCGGCCGCAGCUUCUCUCAAACCCUGUCCAUACAACAAUAACCAGUUUUUCUGUCAUUUGGAUCGACAAUAAAGAUUUUAAACUAA